UUUCAAAUAAAGAAUUAAACAUGUGGAUCACCAAGGAUGUGCCUUUCGCCGUAUUGUGCCUUUCCCCCGAGCCUUUCAGCGAAUUUCCGGUGUUUACCUCUGGUCCUUCGUUUCCUAAAUUCUCGACUUUUGACCUUUUGCUUUUUAAAAUCUGUUUUGGCAAACCCCUGAGUUCCUAAAAUUUUUUGCGGAUAUGAAAUAUGUCCGCAAAAGUAAUAAAAUAUAUAAAUAGGGUUGGACCCGACUCCGCUCUACAAAAUUUCUAUGCCUUUAUUGAAUGACAUAGAGCGCUUAUAUGCGACCUACAUUCCUGGCUCGAGGCCAGUUUUCAAGCGUACAAAGCCUCAUCUUAAUGUUGGUACAAUUGGGCAUGUUGACCAUGACUACUCUUACUUCCGCGAUUACGAAAGGUAUGAGGAUAUUGAUAAUGCACCAGAAGAACGUUCUCGUGGCAUUACCAUCAAUACAGCUCAUAUUGAAUAUGAAACGGAUGCUCGUCAUUAUGCACAUAUUGAUUGCCCUGGACAUGCUGACUACAUUAAAAACAUGAUCACCGGUUUAUUAAUUUUCUGUGUUUUUAAAAAAAAUUUUUUAGGAGCUGCACAAAUGGAAGGAGCCAUUCUUGUUGUAGCAAUUACUGAUGGGCCUAUGCCACAGACUAGAGAGCAUUUAUUGUUAGCUCGUCAAUGCGGAAUUCCUCAACAUAAUAUUUGUGUUUAUUUGAAUAAAUGUGAUGAAGUAAAUGAUGAAGAAACUCGUGAACUUGUUGAAAUGGAAGUUAGAGAACUUUUGAAUGAAUAUGAAUAUCCUGGAGAUGAAGUGCCGGUAAUUAUUGGCUCGGCAUUAUCUGCAUUGGAAGGAAUAAAUCCUGAAAUUGGUGAAAAAUCUGUUCUUAAACUUCUCGAAACUUUGGAUAAUUAUUUUAAAAUUCCUAAACGUGAGGUUAAUGAUGAAACUAUUUUUGCUGUUGAAAAAGUUUAUAAUAUUGAAGGAAAAGGUGGAGUUGUCACUGGUAAAUUAGAACAAGGAUCAGUAAAGAAGGGUGACAAACUGGUAAUUGCUGGACAAGGAAAAAAUAAGGCUACUGUUGUUAAUGGUUUGGAAACAUUUUGUAAAACUGUUGAUAAAGGUGAACCUGGAGAUCAAUUGGGUAUUUUGCUUCGUGGUGUUGAACCAAAAGAUCUUAAAAGAGGAUGUGUUCUUUUACCUCAAGGACAUAAACAUUUGCUUACUGAUAGAGUUCGUGCUCAAAUUUACGUUUUACGUCCAGAAGAGGGAGGUUCAAAGCUUCCUAUUGCCAAUUUCUUUGCGGAACAAGUCUUUUCGUUAACUUGGAAUUGUGUAGGAAAUAUUCGAAUUUUGGAUACAAAUAAAGAUUUUAUUAUGCCUGGAGAGUGUUGA